UCCAAUGUAGAUAUAAAUAUAUAUAUUCAUAUAAAAAGGAAGUUUUAAAGAACCGUUAAAAGUAAACACUUGAAUGAUUAUGCUGAAAGAAGACAUAAAUCGUACAGUUCUACUUUCAUUGAUUUUCAUAAAUGGUCUCAAUUCAUGCAAUUUUGAGAUCUGCUUUACAUGGAAGGUAUCACCAGAUAAUCUUACACUUAUCUGUAAAGUUCAUAGCUUGAAAUACCGCGUCCGAAUCCAAAACCCCUACCACAUUCAAGUAGCAGAUUGUUUUCCGGCUUUUGGGAAAAGCAUAUGCGACUCUACAUAUAAAAAUGGUACUAUCCACCAGGACAAAAAGAGCAAAACAACAGUGUAUACCGUCAACGGAACCAUAGAUAAUCACGUAAAUGGAAUUUGGACAUGCAUCCAUGGAACUAAAAUAGACAAUGCAACUGUUGAUGUAACAGUUUUUAUACAUAAAGAAUAUAAAGUUAACCACUCGAUAAUUGUUAGACAUAAUAACGGACGUAAUGGAGUAGGAGUUAACUAUUCUGAACCCACCCGUAGUAAUCAAGUUGUAUUGACAGAUUAUGGUUGUAUCUUUCAUCUCUUGUUGUCGACGUUCGUAUGCUAUUUUGGUUUUAUGAUUCUUAUAUGUUGUAUUAUAAAGUUCGCUGAUAGAUGUUGCAAUCUCCGAUUAGAUGAGACAAUAUGUGUGUGUUCGUACAAAUGCUAUAUAUUUUGUGUCAGAAAAUUCGAGGCUGAAACUGCUAAACAAUUGAUAAGGAUUUUUUCAAUUUUGAUACCAGUAAUAAUAUUUGGUUUAGUUGUUAUAAUUGUAAACAUCGAGAACUGUUCGUCAGUAGGUUUUGUCCUCUGUCUAGUUCCAGGAGGUUUACUAGGCAUAUUAAGCAGCACCUGUGUCAUGAUAAGACAAGAUGAAACAGCAAAUGAAAUACCACAGGUAAUUCCUAAUAAUGAUAUUCAAGGUGACGAUACACCAAGUACAUCAUGUAUUCCAAAUCUUGCUGAUAAGGAGGACGAUGGAGCCACCGUCUAGAAUGUUUUUCUCUUUCAUUCAUUAUAUGCAUUCUAACAUACAUUGUGCAAUUAAAGAAUGUUUGCCAUUA